AUGGAACCACGAGCACGAGCCGGCAAAAAUGUCGUUCCCACGCCCUCUCCCGGGUUUGCUCCCCCGGCAACUAACCCACACGCAGUCGCCCAGCUCCUCUACGCCCAUGGCGACGUCAAAAACCCUCUCCCCGAAACAGUUCGCGUUCUGGAUGAAAUCCUCACAGACUUCAUGCAGUCCAUCGCCUUUGAGGCCACCCGCGCGGCACACUACUCGGGCCGUCAAAAGAUAAAAUACGAGGACUUUGAGUUUGCGUUCCGCAAGAACCCUGCGUUUUUGGGCAAGGUGCAAGAGGUGUUUGAGAAGCAAAAGGAGAUCAAGAAGGCGCGUGAGAUUCUGAGGGACGGCGAAGAUGAGAUAAUGAAGGAUGCGGCCGAGGAGGAGAGGAGGAGAGAGAAGGAGGAUGUUACCGGCGCAGGAGGAGCAGGGAAGGUGAACAGAGCAGAGGAGGAGCUGGGCGAGGCCGACGAUGAUGCCGAGGCCGAGAUGGAUGCUUUGGGGAAGAAGAAGUAA